AUGAAAGCGAAACCAAAGAAUGACGAUCUGACUCCAGUAAGAUUCAACGCUAGCGCUAAUACACGAGCCGGCAAGAGGCCCGCACUGCAGUCCCCUCCAGAUGCGUCAGCGGAGCCGAUUACCGAAAACCGCAUAAGGACUAUUGUAGAAGAGGUAAUGGAAAACCAAUUAGAGAUAUUAAUGGCAAGACUCACGGUGAGCAUGAGGACGAUGUUAAAUACAGAAUUAAAAUCAAUGCGAGAUGAGAUAAAGGAAAUGAAUGACUCUAUGACGUUUAUGAACCUUAAAUACGAGGACAUGAAAAAGGAAAGCAAGGAAGAUAAACAAAAAAUUAAGAACCUGCAAGAUCAGAAUAAUAAGAUGGCAAUUACAAUACAGGAUGUGACUGGUCGUCUCAAUUAUUUGGAACAACAAAAUCGGGCCAGCAAUGUGGAGAUACAAUGUGUACCCCAAAAAAGCAAUGAAAGUUUAGUUAAAAUUGUAACGGAUUUAGGGAAAGUUAUUAAACACGAAGUAAAAGAUGUGGACGUCUCUUAUUGCACGCGCGUCAUGAAGUCAAAUAGCAGCAACAACCGACCUAAAUCCAUUGUUGUCCAAUUUAACUCACCCAGACUUCGAGACUCUUUUUUAGCUGCAGCAGUAAAUUUCAAUAAAUCUAAACCAGUUCCCGAAAAAUUGAACUCUUCACACUUAGGAUUUGUUGGAGAGAAAUCCCCCAUAUACAUUAUGGAACACUUGAGCCCCGCAAAUAAAGCACUACACGCGGCAACACGCAUAAAAGCAAAAGAGAAGGGGUACAAGUAUGUUUGGACGCUUGGGCCGUGGGGUCAGGGGCACGGCAUUUUCACAGAGCUGGCCAAACACCUGGAGCAUAUCUUGCCCAGCGCAUCGGCAUUGCUGUUCAGCGCGGCAAUGCCGCCAGCCUUCUGGGCACCCUACCGGCCGGCUCUGGCUUAG